AUGGAAUCUUUGCCAGUAAACACCUUUGAGGGAGUUUCUGAAAAACAGUUCUUAGACAAUAAUAUCUUGAGAUAUUCUACUAUUCAAUUUCUUUCAAAAGGAUCAGAAGGGACAAUGCGACGUGUUGUCAAUCUAAAUAGAGUGCAAAAUAAAUCA